UUGCGAGCGUGGAGAGUGAGGUGAGCGGGCCGACUCUCCACAGCCGCCGCCGCCGCCGCCAUGAUCAAGAAGUUCGACAAGAAAGAUGAGGAGUCGGGCAGCGGCUCCAACCCUUUCCAGCAUUUGGAGAAGAGCGCGAUCCUCCAGGAGGCUCGUAUCUUUAAUGAGACCCCCAUAAACCCAAGAAGAUGUCUACAUAUCCUUACCAAGAUACUGUACUUAUUGAACCAGGGUGAACAUUUCGGAACGACCGAAGCCACAGAAGCCUUCUUCGCAAUGACCAGGCUAUUUCAGUCCAACGAUCAAACCCUAAGGAGAAUGUGUUACCUGACUAUCAAAGAGAUGGCCAACAUUUCGGAGGACGUUAUCAUUGUCACCAGCAGCUUGACCAAAGACAUGACGGGGAAAGAAGACGUCUACCGAGGCCCAGCCAUUCGAGCCCUGUGCAGGAUCACAGAUGGCACGAUGCUGCAAGCCAUCGAGAGGUACAUGAAGCAAGCCAUUGUCGACAAAGUCCCCAGUGUGUCCAGCUCAGCGCUGGUGUCAUCUUUGCACCUGGUGAAGAUCAACUACGACGUGGUCAAGCGGUGGAUCAACGAAGCCCAAGAAGCCGCUUCUAGCGACAACAUCAUGGUGCAGUAUCACGCUUUGGGGCUGCUGUACCAUCUCCGGAAGAACGACCGUCUGGGCGUUUCCAAGAUGCUGAACAAGUUCACGAAGUCGGGCCUCAAGUCCCAGUUCGCCUACUGCAUGCUUAUCCGGAUAGCCAGCCGGCUCCUGAAGGAGUCCGAAGAGGGGCACGACAACCCACUGUUCGAUUUCAUUGAAAGCUGCCUACGGAACAAACACGAGAUGGUGAUUUACGAGGCGGCCUCUGCGAUCAUCCAUCUCCCGAACUGCACGGCCAGGGAACUGGCGCCGGCCGUCUCUGUGCUCCAGCUCUUCUGCAGUUCCCCCAAGCCCGUCUUGAGGUAUGCAGCGGUGCGGACUCUCAAUAAGGUGGCCAUGAAGCACCCCUCCGCCGUGACGGCCUGCAACCUGGACCUGGAAAACCUGAUCACCGACUCGAACCGCAGCAUCGCCACCCUGGCCAUCACCACCCUCCUGAAGACGGGCAGCGAGAGCAGCGUGGACAGGCUCAUGAAGCAGAUCUCGUCCUUCGUGUCCGAGAUCUCCGACGAGUUCAAGGUGGUGGUGGUCCAGGCCAUCAGCGCGCUCUGCCAGAAGUACCCGCGCAAACACAUCGUGAUGAUGACCUUCCUCUCCAACAUGCUCAGGGACGACGGCGGCUUUGAGUACAAGCGCGCCAUCGUGGACUGCAUCAUCGGCAUCAUCGAGGAGAACCCCGAGAGCAAGGAGUCGGGCCUGGCGCACCUCUGCGAGUUCAUCGAGGACUGCGAGCACACAGUGCUGGCCACCAAGAUCCUCCACCUGCUGGGCAAGGAGGGGCCCAGGACCCCCGCCCCCUCCAAGUACAUCCGCUUCAUCUUCAACCGGGUGGUGCUGGAGAACGAAGCCGUCAGGGCCGCUGCCGUGAGCGCCCUGGCCAAGUUUGGUGCCCAGAACGAGAACCUCCUGCCCAGCGUCCUGGUGCUCCUGCAGAGGUGCAUGAUGGACAGCGACGACGAAGUCCGCGACCGAGCCACCUUCUACCUGAACGUCCUGCAGCAGAGGCAGCUGGCCUUGAACGCCGCCUACAUCUUCAACGGCGAGACGGUGUCCAUUCCCGGGCUGGAGAAGGCCCUGCACCAGUACACCCUGGAGCCCUCGGAGAAGCCUUUCGACACGAAGUCCGUGCCGCUAGCCACCGCCCCCAUCUUCGAGCAGAAAACAGAAAUCUCUCUGGUGGCCAGCAAGCCAGAGAAAGUGGCUCCUUCGCGGCAGGACAUAUUCCAAGAGCAACUGGCCGCCAUCCCAGAGUUCAAGAACUUGGGCCCGCUCUUCAAGUCGUCCGAGCCCGUGCAGCUGACCGAGGCUGAGACGGAAUACUUCGUCCGCUGUAUCAAGCACGUCUUCUCGAACCACAUCGUCUUCCAGUUCGAUUGCACGAACACCCUCAACGACCAGCUCCUGGAACGGGUGACGGUGCAGAUGGAGCCCUCGGAAGCCCACGACGUGCUGCGCUGCGUCCCGGCCCCCAGCCUUUCCUACAACCAGCCGGGCAUGUGCUACACCCUGGUCCGCCUGCCCCUGGACGACCCCACGGCCGUGGCCUGCACUUUUAGCUGCACAAUGAAGUUCACUGUCCGCGACUGUGACCCCAACACGGGCAUGCCAGACGAAGACGGAUACGAUGACGAGUACGUGCUAGAAGACUUGGAGGUCACUCUGUGCGACCACAUCCAGAAGGUCCUGAAGCCCAACUUUGCGGCCGCUUGGGAAGAACUGGGGGACGACUACGAGAAAGAGGAGACCUUCGCGCUCAGCUCUAUAAAGACCCUGGAGGAGGCCGUCAGCAACAUUGUGAAGUUCCUGGGUAUGCAGCCGUGCGAGCGAUCCGAUAAAGUGCCGGAGAACAAGAAUUCCCACACCCUUUACCUGGCGGGUGUGUACAGAGGCGGCUCAGACGUCCUGGUGAGGGCCAGGCUCGCUCUUGGCGAUGGCGUGACGAUGCAAGUGACAGCCCGGAGCCGAGAAGAAACCCCAGUGGACGUCAUCCUGGCUUCUGUCGGCUGAAGGCCCGGCUGCUCCGGACGGGAGCACAUCCCACGGCUCCCCCUCGUCCCUUCUCGCAGGCCCGGCUCUAAGGAUCCACCCUGCAUGUUUCUCUGUUUGCCUUUCCUGUGGUCCGUUUUUCUUCUCGGUGGAACUGGCUGCUGCCGCCCGUCUCUCCGGCGUUACUGUAUCAGGGGGCCGAGCUGUGAGACACCUACAUUCCUGUGUGUAAUAUUGUCUCUAUCGCAACAGUGGAAAAAACGUUUGGGGAGCCCUGGAAGAGUCGUCGUCUUUUUUUUUUUUAAUCGAAGCUCACACUCUCUGAAAUGGACUUUUAUUAACAGAAAAUAAAAGGUGGGUUAUUCUGGCCUCGGCGCCACAGCGAGACCAGUCUGUUAAAGCCGCCGCCUUGUCAAUACGGCAGCAUUCCGAGUCCUGCGAGGGAAUAUAUUGCAUUCCUGUGGGUGUGGGUGAGAGGAAUGGAAGAUGCUGUUGCUUUGAAUGCUCUCCUGGCCUGGCCGGGGGAGGAGAGGGGCUCAGCCAUUUGAGCCUCACAACAACCCUGUGAGGUAGGUCAGGUUGAAUUAACAGAUCGUCGCCUGAGAACUUUCUCCAAGUGGUUUUAUGUACACGGGGGGGGGGGGGGGCACAUCUUGCCGGGUGGUCAUCAGUGGAGUUUGGGAGCAGAACAGAAGCCAGAGCACCAGGAGUUCUGCAGGCCAG